UCGUCUACCACUUCAAUUAGCUCCAAGUACGACAAUGGAGUAUACGCAAACUCGCCAUUUAAGCUAUAUCACGACUUGAAGAUUGUUUCUUCCAUCCAAAUCAGCAAAUAUAAAGUGGGAUCUAAAAAGUAUAGUGAUAUCGAUUUUUUCUACAAGUUUGCUACUGAACUUUUGUUAAGAGAAUUGCACAGACUCCAUAUUUCAUUACAGGCACCAGUGCCAGAAAAUGAAGAUGAUGAUGAGGUAUUAACCACCGAUUUGGAAUCACAUUUGAAGGAUGAUUUCGAAAAGAUACUGAGGACCUAUACGUUGUCAAAUGGAGAAGUUAUCAACUAUUCCUCCAAGACUCAAGAGCCAGAUCCUGCUCCGUCCAUCUCGCCAUAUGCCAAUGUCUACAAUCAACCACAGCCACAGCCUCCAAAGCAGACGACACAACCCUUGUUUUCUUCGUUGAUUCCCAAGUCAAACUUGGACCGAAAACCAACAAUAGUACAAUAUCCAUACACGAUAGCAAAAGUAGUGCCUCUCUUGAAAGACCAGUCUCGUAAUACAUCUACGUUGGACAGUUUGUCCGUUCCCAACCAGAAGAUCCCAUCUCCCUUAGAUCAGAAACCAUCUGACCUCUUACAUGACUUCUUCCAUCCCAUUUGGUACACCCUCCCGGUGCCAACCUGGCUCAAUUAUCAUGCUAAUGUAAUCAAACCAGCAAAUGUGUUGCCCCAACAGGCGCAAGCUAUUUCUAUGCAAUCACUGUCUUCCCAAUCUAACAAGCCUAAGUUAACGGUAUUGCAACAACGAGGAACUGAUUCUGAGCCGUUAUCUGCUGUACCAACUCUUGUAAGAGCACCAGGAGAUUCGUACAGAACUUUUGCUCCUUCUUUGGAUCUGCGUGAUGCCAUUAUCAGUGAAGAAUUCAAAGGUAAAGUGUGGUUGAACCACAUCGGUUUUGAAGAAAUAGAAAAAAUCAAGAACAGUUACUUGCAGUCAAUUGAACCCACUAAACCAUCUACAGUGCCUUCUACCAAGGAAGAAGAAACCACGAAAGAAGCUGUUGCUUCGGAGAAGGAAUCAUCGGCAGUCGAAGAAGUGCCAAUUGAAUCAAGUAAUGAAGACCUGGAAAUAGGAGUGAUAAACAUCGCCCAUAUUGUUAGCUGGGAUCCUGAAAAGAUUGAAGAGUUCAAGACUAUCAAAAAAGAGAAAGAAUCGAUCGUGAAAGCAAAAUCUAUACAGAGAUUGAUUUCGACUAAUAUAUUGAAGCUAAACAAGUUGCGACAAGAAAGAUAUCUCAGAAGUGAUUCUAGAAACACCCUGCCUACCACAUCAGAAGAGAUUAGAAUAUACAAUACUACAAUGAAGUUGAUAUCUUUGGCCAUACAGAUACAGAAAGUCAGUCCUGGAGAUUUCUCGUUGGAGUUCAGUAAGAAGUUACCGGUAUUGGUCACCGAGUUCAAUGGUGUUAUGCCUGGAAUCCCCCCUAGCAGACUUGGAGUUGGCACUUCGGGUGCUUCUAAGAGUACAAGAUUGCCCAGCAUCAGAGGUCCAUACAAGAAAAAGAAUAGGAUCUAG